GUAAAUUGUUCCUUUUUCUGUAUUAUAAAACGUUUUCCAAUAAAGUUUAUUAAAAUCCAAAAAAAAGAAGAAGAAGAAGAGGAAGGACGCUUUCGGUCACGUGACCUCCUCUCACAGGACGCGCCAAAGCCAAACGUCCCAUCUGUGAAAACUGUUUCAUUUCUCAGACUCAGUGGAAAUCCUGUUUCACAAUGGAGGAAUCAGAGCGCAUCAGCAUGAUGAUGAUGUAUGAGGACGAGUCGGUGGAAGUUCGUUAUAGAAACGGCGCUCAGCUCCAGCUGUCACCGUGUGGCAGUGAAUUCCUCCUGCUUAAAGUCACAGAUCCUCACAGACAUCCUCUGCAGCCCACCGAGCGAGUCCGACAGAGGACCAGGUUUACUAUUAGUGCUUAUAAGGAGCUGAUGGUCACCGCCUUGGCAUUCAGGAAUCAGUAUGCCAGUCGGCCUUAUCUUCCAUCAGAGCUCAUCACUGCCAACGAGAUCAAGCCUUUUUUCACUAUUGACUGCAGCGUUACAUGGCCUGAGUGGUCCUCUUAUGAGCCCGAGUUUGGACCUGCAGGCGAGAUCACCGUUAGGUCAGAGGAGGGCCGAGCUGCAUUGGUGCUGUCGCCCUCAGGUGAGGAGUUCUCUGUGGAAUUCACCUGUAACCUCAGUCGACCUCUGCAGCAAACUGGAUGGGGUUUAAACAAAGAUGCUGAUGGUGGCCUGAAGGGUCUGCAGCAAGAAAACAAUCUGAUUUGCAGAAAUACUGAUGAUCAGGAAGAACAGAUGCAUCCCGGGAAGCAGUCUGUUUCUGCAAAUCUGAAAAUCACUAAUCAACCAAAGCCUGAACAGAUGUACCAGACCACCACAGUUAUAAAGCAUCACUCUUGCAUCGCCGUUGACCCUGCAUGGACCUAUGCUCUUUCUUUAGCUCGGCAUCACUGGACAUCCUGCUUCUCCAACAGUACAGUCACAACAGCUGAAGAAGCCAGGCAGGCUGGCGAGGGAAGGGAAAUAUCUGACAAAAAUCCUAACAACAGAGUGUGCCAGCUUCCCCAGGCUCUUCCUCUUUCAUGUCCAUCACCUCAUUGGCAUAGGUGGAAGAUGAAAGACUCUCUCCUUGGAGAAGAAGAGUCGGAUCUGCCUAUGGAGCUUGUAAAAAUUGUAUGGUGUCAAGGAGUCACAUACAGGAUAUUGAAUGGAGCUGUCCCAGUGGUAGAGGUUUCCCCAGGAGAUGGCUCAGUGAUGCGCUCCAACGGCUUCCUAAACUCCUAUUUUACUCACCACAAACCUAAGCUCCAAUCAGAGGAGGUAAGAGAAGUAACGUAUCAUUUAAGCAGCCUUCCCCCUGAUAUACCUGGACAGUUGUACUCUGUGGGCUCUAUCGUGAGUCGUGCCAACAGGAUUCUUGCUUGUUAUAACCAGGCCAAGAGUUUACUAAAGUUUCCUGCUCUGCCUUCCUGCCUGCAACAGGACAAACACAUUAGUGAACCAACAUUUCCAGAGCGCAAUCUGUCCAGUGAAGUGCCUGUAACAAAACUCUUAAAUCCGCCACAGACUGAGGGAAGUGUCUCAGAUGUUGUUGCUGCAGAACUGGAAAAGAUAAAACGGUUCAACUUUCUGCUGGAGAACAACCACCUGCUGAGAAAUAAAACUGAGUCUGGAAAAUCAGAAGCAACAUCUUUACAGAUCACACCAGAGGAAGCAGUAAAUGAGGACUACAUUGCUGCAGCUCUUCAAAGGACCUCUGAAACAAUUAAGGAAAUUGAUGAGCUCAUAUCAGCCGCCACACUGAAUUAAGAACUAAAUGUUUUUCCCCUCGUCUAUCAAGUUUGUUGCUGGAAUUAAUAUAUGCAUGGAGUCUAAA